GCACUGUAGCCCCAUAUGCCGGAGGCCUUUCCCUCACAAUUUUCUGUGUGUCGCUCAAGAUCUGCAGAAUUGCUUGUGUCUACGCUGCACAUUGUCCCAAGUGGCAGGGGCGGGUGCCCCGCAGUUAUUCUGCCUCUGCGCUGGGCUUCAGCCUGGAGACGCCCUACUUUUGGCACGGAGCCUGCGGCCGAGCGAACGUACUGUCCGCCCGCAGGCCAGGCCACGCCGUGCGAGAACGCCAGUCCCCGCCAGGCCCGCGGAGCGAGGGGCGGGUUCAGCCCGCUCCAAUGGAGCAGCGGCGAGGCGGGGCCCAGGGCCCGGGGGCGGGCUCGUACUAAAAGCAGCGCGUCCGCGGCGGGCGGCAGGCGAGUGCUGUCUGGUGUGUGUCUGCAUGGACAGCCCGCUGUCCCCCGUCACCAGCCGCCCUCUCCAGCCCCUGGCAGCAUGCACACCCUGCAGAAGGACACUACCUUCACCAAGAUCUUCGUGGGCGGCUUGCCCUACCACACGACCGACGCGUCCUUGCGGAGAUACUUCGAGGUGUUCGGGGACAUCGAGGAGGCGGUGGUGAUCACUGACCGGCAGACCGGCAAAUCCCGCGGAUACGGCUUCGUCACCAUGGCGGACAGAAUCUCCGCAGAACGGGCCUGUAAGGAUCCCAACCCCAUCAUCGAUGGCAGAAAAGCCAAUGUCAAUCUGGCCUAUCUAGGGGCGAAGCCGAGAGCUGUUCAAACUGGGCUUGCUCUGGGUGUCCAACAGAUCCACCCAGCUCUGAUCCAGCGACCCCUCGGUUGUUGUUGAUGCUCUGGGGGAAAAAGAUUGUGACCAUCCACCUUACUGUGGGAGUGCUGCACGAGUGAGCUACUACUGUUUGGGUGAGCAGUUUCGGAACAUCUGUCCAGCGCCACUUUGAAGAACUUCUGGCCUUUCUGCCCAGUGACAAGGACAGCAUUUGCGUAUCAGAAAACAUCGGGAAUUUAGGAUAUUUCUUUCUGUGCAUUUUACAUUUGCCAAUGACUGGUUGGUGUGUCUCUUACAUUGAAAGGGAUUAACUUCAUUUGUCUCGCGUACAUGAAAGCGUACCACAAUGUGCGUCAAGUCAAAUUGGUGAGGAUUGCGCUGAGCAGCCCACAAAUGUUGCCACGCUUCUGGCAGCAACUUAGCAUGCCAACAAGUCAAUAACCCUAAUCAAAAGUGUUUGGAAUGUGGGAUGAAACCAGACGACCAGAAGGAAACCCAUGAGGUUACAGGGACAAUGUACAAGCUUUAUACAGACAAUGGCGGAAUCCAACCUUGAUCUUACAACUUGCGCUGUAAUAGCAUUACGCUAUCAUGUAGUAGUAUCUUCAGUUGAAGCAUGUCAUUGCUUCAAGAAUACUUUGAUCAUUGUAACUUCCUGAAAAUGUGCAAUAGGCAUAUACACUCAGUGGCCACUGAGUAUGUUCGUGGUCUUCUGCUGCUGUAGCCCAUCACUUCAAGAUUUGUCAUGUGCAUUCAGAGAUGCUCUUCUUCUGUAAUGUGUAGUUACUUGAAUUACUGUCGCCUUCCUGUGAGCUUGAACCAAUCUGGCCAUUCUCCUCUGACCUCUCUCAUUACAAGACAUUUUCGCUCGCAGAACUGCUACUCACUGGAUUUUUCGUUUUUUGUUUUUUGCUUCAUUAUAUGUAAACUCUAGAAAUUGUUGUGUGUGUGAAAAUCCAAGGAGAUUAGCAAUUUCUGAGAUAUUCAAAUCACCCUGUCUGGCACCAAAAAUCACUUUGACAUUUCUUCCCGAUUCUGAUGAUUUGUCUGAAUAACAACAAAGACAAGAAAAAAUGUAAAAAGGGAAAAAAAACCAUUAAAACCUUAGAAUUCUGAACAUGAUUUACUUGUUGUAAAGCACCAUUAAUAACUUCUAGAGCAGGGGUUCCCAACCUGGGUUUAUGGACCCCUUGAUUAAUGGUAGGGAUCCAUCGCAUAAGAAAGAUUAGGAACCCUUGUUCUAAAGUAAAGUCGUUCAUCUCUGGAUGGUUCUUGCAGCUUUAAAUAUAACUUUAAAUUUUUUUCUGUCCUGCUUUUAGUUUGUGCUGUACAAUUCACCAUAUCUGCCACAAAAGUAAUAAACUUCAGUUUGUCAACAAUCCUUUGUUAUAAAAUCAUGUACUUUACACAAUUAUCCAUAUUCUGGAUGUUAAUCAGUCCCAUUGACACUGUCUUUUGUAUUUUCUGAAGGGCCUCUGCACAUGAUAUGACAAUUUCUACCCGAAAAUCUGCACUUCCACAGCUUUCUUAUAUACAGGACAUCCUGCAUAAGCAGAGCUAUGUUCCCCUUCACAAGUGCUAAUGCCUUCUUCACAAUUAACAUUAACAUGUUCUCCACCACAUCUACCACAUCGCUUUUUGCCCCUACACACAACUGCUACAUGCCCAAACCUCUGACACUGAAAUCUACUCAGAUGGUGCAGCAUACCAACUCAAACUAUCUAACUUAGAACCUAAAGUAACCCUAUCUAGCAGCCUUUUUACCAUCUAAUUUAAUCAACUCUGAUGAGCAAUAUGUUCUUACUUCACCAUGAAACUGUUUUAAACAUUUGUUGUCUAUAACUUUUCCCUGACUAAAUUAGGUCCAUGGAUAAGUGUAGAGGCACUCCUGUGAUUACUCCUCAAAGCCACUGUCAUUCAAUAUAAUUCCUUCCUCCCACAGCUUUUAACCAUAAGGCUUUCUCAUGUUGCUUACUAUCUUUACAAAACACUACGAGUGCCCCUUCUGUUAAAGGUCUUGCACCCACAAUAUCUUCUAACACUUUUUUUUCAAAUCCUUCUAGUUAAUUUGAUCAGAUUGAUAUCAGAAACAGAUCUACAUCCAAAACUCAGCAAUACCUUAAACUCUUUAUUUAAAUCCUGUCUACUGCUUUCAUCACUGGAUGAUAAGCCACUGCAAUCCUCAAUUACCGCUUACUUUUCCAUUUCCCAGAAAGCUGCCAUUUGCCUUCCUCCAUACAACAUCACCCAAUAACAUCUCCUGCUCGCUACCUCCAUCACCAUGACAUCAUCCCUUCCUGUCUUCAACUCCCAACCUAGCCACGUCUCCUGUGGGGGCAGCAUCAAAAUCAAAUCACUUUCCUCAAGUGGACCUCUUGACCACGUCUGCAAGCUUUUAUGGAUUGAGUUGUUGCCACACGAUUGACUGAUUAGAUAAUUGCAGGUGUACCUAAUAAAGUGGCCACAGAGUGGUAACUCUG